UGUGCGUGUGAGUGUGUGUGUGUGUGUGUGUGUGUGUGUGGCACCAUCUCGCAGUCGUGUUCAUUUCGGCCUGUUGUGCGGGUAGUGUAUUAAGGGGAGAUGAGCGGCAGGGUUGGAGAUCUGAGUCAGAAACAGGCCGAGGCUUUGGCGCAGUUUCGGGAGAGGGUCCAAGAUGUCCUGCCACAGUGUCCGUCUCAGAGCGACCACUUCUUACUGCGCUGGCUUCGAGCCAGAAAUUUCAACGUGCAAAAAGCUGAAGCGAUGCUACGUAAGCAUUUGGAGUUCCGGAAACAGAUGAAGGCUGACACUAUCACCACUGACUGGAAGCCUCCUGAGGUUUUAGAGAAGUUUCUCUCAGGAGGAAUGUGUGGCUAUGACCGAGAGGGUAGCCCUGUGUGGUACGACGUUAUCGGGCCGGUGGAUCCGAAAGGUCUCCUUCUGUCUGCCUCUAAGCAGGACUUCAUCAGGACAAAAGUACGAGACUGUGAGAUGUUGCAGAAGGAAUGUGCCUCACAGAGCGAAAGGUUGGGUAAAAAUGUGGAGUCCAUCACUAUGAUCUAUGAUUGUGAAGGUUUGGGCCUGAAGCAUCUCUGGAAGCCUGCUAUAGAGACAUAUGGAGAGGUUUUGACAAUGUUUGAAGACAACUACCCUGAAGGACUCAAGAGGUUAUUAGUUAUAAAGGCACCCAAACUGUUUCCUGUGGCUUAUAAUCUGGUGAAGCACUUUCUGAGUGAAGACACUCGCCGCAAGAUCAUGGUUCUGGGGUCCAACUGGCAGGAGGUGUUAAAGAAACACAUCGACCCUGAGGAACUCCCAGCCAUCUACGGUGGAAAACUGACUGAUCCAGAUGGUGACCCACGCUGCAGGACCAGGAUUAAUCAGGGUGGCCUGGUGCCCCAGUCCUACUACGCACGGGAUUUUAUUAAGCUGCAGUAUGACCAGUGUGUGUCUAUCAGCCGUGGCUCCUCCCAUCAGCUCGAGUAUGAGAUCCUCGCUCCAGGCUGUGUGCUUAGGUGGCAGUUCUCCUGUGAGGGUGGGGAUGUAGGCUUUGGGGUCUUCAUGAAGAAGAAACGGGGUGAAUGGAUGAAGGCAGGCCAGAUGCAGGAGGUCAUGGCUAGUCAGCGCUACAACGCACACCUCGUACCUGAGGACGGAUCUCUCACCUGCACUGAGCCUGGAGUGUACGUGCUACGAUUUGACAACACUUACAGCAUCUUCCAGUCCAAAAAAGUCAGCUUCUCCGUGGAAGUCCUCUUGCCCAGCAACGACAGCCAGUCACAGCCUGAGACGAGCAGGACGCCGGGACAGGAUGUCCAGAAUGGUUAAUAGGGUGUGAUUCUCUACCUGCCUCUUUAGAGACUGUCCAGCAGAGGAAAACAGUACUUGAAAUGGCCUGUCUCAUGCACAGUAUUUUCCGGGAAAAGAAAAGUUUUGGAACUGUAAGUGCUCGUUCUGUAAAAAUGCUGCUUGUGGGAAGAGAAGAAUGCGAGCUUUGUUGAAGACUUGACGUCACUUCAUUGUAACCCAGUUUAAGUGAAUAGCUGCACAAGACAUAGUACUAAAAUUCUUUCAACACUUACCUUUUCCAACAGAAUCUAGAUCAUGUCAGUUUGGUGUUUUAGGUCAUGGUUUUCUGGGCUGAGGAAGUUUCUGUACAGCUAUGCUUCAGAGGAGGUUUCGCUGAAACAGAUUCUUUGCUUUGGCGCUUUACCAAGAGCCAAUUAACUUAAGACUUACACAAAUAUAUGUAACGAAACACAAGCACUUAGUGGUAUUACUUAUGGAUAGUAUAAGCAUUAGUAUGAUGGAUGAUACAGUACUAUGCAAAAGUCUUAGGCACACUAGUACAAAUAGUACAAAGUUUAGGAUAGAUGUUUAUUUUAGGGCUUCUGCAUUAUUGAGUCAAUAGAAACGCAUUUUAGAUUUCCAAACAGUACUUUUUCUACAAAAAAAUUAAAUGUUACCCAAAAAUGUUUGUAUGUCAGCAAAGAAAGCAACAUGUUAUGUAAGAGAC